AAACAGUGUAAUUAAACAGGCUGUUAUAUGUUAUUUUAUUUCUUUAUCUGACUUAUUAUUAUUAUUAUUAUUAUUAUUAUUAUUAUUAUUAUUUUUAUUUGUAGUAGUAUUAGUACUACUGGUAAUUCUUUAUUAUAUUAGGUAUUAGUAAUAGUAGUACUAUUCAUUGUUGAGUAUGGAAAGUAUUAGAAUCAGCAGUGUCAGUAGUAGUGUCUGUUACAUGAUUAUAGAGCUUAAUUUGUAUGAAUGGAGAGGAACAGCAGUGCUGAUGGAUGCCGUGGAGGGAAACGGCGGCUCAGCAGGAAGAACAAUGGUUCCAUUGGACAUUCAUGUGAUGUAACCCACUUGGCCUGUACUUGGCGGUGCAGGGUUUGGACAUAAGAACAUCUCUUUGUUCUCUUCCAUUCUGUUUCCUGUAUACAGUGGUGGUGGUCAGGUUCGGGUCUGAGGAGCAGCGCUGGACCUUCUCCUCUACAGGAAGAGGAAUCACCAGCAGGAGCAUGGAGCAGAGGAGGUGAUGGAGAGAGAUCAUAGCUGAGCUUUGUUUAUGACCAACAUGAGCUGGAGUUUCCUCACCCGUCUCCUGGAGGAGAUCCACAACCACUCCACAUUCGUGGGGAAAGUGUGGCUGACAGUCCUCAUCGUGUUCCGCAUUGUGCUGACGGCGGUGGGCGGAGAGUCCAUCUACUCCGACGAGCAGUCCAAGUUCACCUGCAACACCAAGCAGCCUGGCUGUGACAAUGUCUGCUACGACUCGUUCGCCCCACUCUCGCACGUCCGCUUCUGGGUCUUCCAGAUUAUCAUGAUCUCCACGCCGUCUGUCAUGUACCUUGGGUACGCCAUCCACAAAAUUGCCCGCGCCGCUGAGGAUGAUGAGGAGAAGAUAAAAAAACGGCACAGGAGGAAACUCAGGAGCAGAUGGAAGGACGUGGAUCGGAUGGAGGAAGAAGACGAUGAUGGCGAAUGUGAUGACAUGGAACCGAUGAUGUACAGUGAUACGCUGGAGCUCCAGGAAGCCAAAACAGAGAUGGAGAAAAACUCAAAAAGAGAGGCCACAAAGCACGACGGCCGUCGGAGGAUCAUGCAAGAAGGUCUGAUGAGGAUUUACGUACUCCAGCUCAUAUCUCGUGCCAUUUUCGAGGUCUUCUUCCUGGUGGGUCAGUACCUGCUGUAUGGAUUCCGUGUCAAUCCCUCGUAUGUGUGCGAUGAAAUUCCCUGUCCUCAUCAUGUCGACUGCUUCGUGUCUCGUCCCACCGAGAAAACCAUCUUCCUGCUCGUCAUGUACGUGGUGAGCUGCCUCUGUUUGCUGCUCAAUGUCUGCGAGAUGUUCCACCUCGGCAUCGGCGCAUUCCGAGACAUGCUCAGAAGACGCCGGAUCCGCAACCGCAGUCUUCCCUCCUGCACUUUUCCGUAUUCUCGUAAUAUUCCGGCAUCACCCCCGGGAUACAAUUUUGUGGUUAAAUCGGAGAAAACGGGCCACCAGAACCAAAAUGGUGUCCUCUCUCAUCAACAGAAUCAGAACAGCAUCCUCUCUCAUCAACAGAACCACAAUGGUGUCAUCUCACACAACCAGAACCAGGACCAGGAUCAGAACUGCGCCAGUCUGGAUGAAAAUGUGCCACCGGACCUGGCAAGUUUACACCAUCAUCUGCGCGUGGCGCAGGAGCAGCUGGACAUGGCGUUUAGGACCUACAGUGCCAAAAGCACUCCCAUGUCCAGAACCAGCAGCCCAGCAUCGGAGCAGAACCGGGUUAACUCGGAACAAGAAAGACAGGGAGCAAGGCCCAAAGCUGAUCUGGGGAGAACUGGGACUAUAGUCAGGAACGGGAAAACUUCUGUGUGGAUUUAGAUCCCAACACUGACCAUAAACGCCCAAUAAACAUAAUAAUAAUAAUAAUAAUAAUAAUAAUAAUAAUUAUUAUUAUUAUUAUUAUUAUUAUUACUGACUGAAAUGCUCGGUGCAGGAACCAGAACAAAAAUCUCUGUAAAAUCUCUUCGUCUUGUGCACUAAACACCCCAGAAUAGUGUAAAUACUGGAACGAUGAUUAAUAAACUAACUUCAGUGUGGAUUUGAACAUAAACUUUCUUGCAGAUUAAUGAACAAACAUAAUAAAUGAAGAUAAUAAACUAAAAGUGUCAUAUCACAUCCUGUAAAAAAAGGUGUUCAAACAUAUAUUUUUUUAAAAUAAAAGCCACAUAAGAAAUGAAAGUACAAGUAUAAAGAUAAUAAUAAUAAUAAUAAUAAUAAUAAUAAUAAUAAUAAUAAUAAUGUUGUGCAUAUUGAAUAUCACGGUUAUGUUUUAUGUUUAUUUAUAUGUAUAUGAUUCGUGAAUUAACUGGCCCAUUUAUUGGAUUUAGCUUCAUUUUCUCAUUUUAGCUCAAAUUCGGUGUGUCUUAUUUAUGUUACACACACCUACUUACCAGUAUGUGUUGAAAAAAAUCUCUGUAUUAAUAUAGUUCAUGGACGCCCUCGUUGUAACAUUGCACUUUUCUGGAAAACGGUGAACACGGCUCUUUGGAAUGCUAAUGUCCGACAAAAACGCCAUUGUAAUCCUGCGCUAAUAAUAACAACCGCUAACUUAUCACAGGAACAAUAAAUAUACUUCAACAACCAACAGAUUACCACCGGAAUCACCAAACACAUCACAUGGACAUAUUUAAUGUGUUUCAGGCUGGAGUUUCACUUUAAGUGUGAUCAGAUUCGGUGCUAUUGGCUGAUGUUGAAAUAAGCCCAGCCCACUAACACGCCCACUACUGACUUCUUGGAAAAUACUUCAACAUACAGAACCACGUCAACGUUGAGUUUUUGAUUCUUUUAAACAAAAAUAAAUCGUAUUUCUGUAUAGAUGGUUAACGCUGUAAAUAAAGUAAGCAUGAGGUUACUAAUAUUAAUCGUUAUAUUUUGCAUAACUAGAAUUUUUUAGAUGACAUUUCUGAUGUAGUGUGCGUAAAAUCGAAGAUCUACUGAUGUGUCCGGGUUGUUGAAUCCAAAUAGUAAUAAUAAUACAGUUGCAUGUUCAUCACGCCUCUGUUGUCUCGUGUAAAUUAAGUGUGGUUUAUGAUAUUCUGACUGUUGCAUGUUUAACACUCAUCACUUCACGUAUAUUUAGACCCUAAAGAAUUUACGCAGAGUGCACGUUAUACUGUAAACGAGCGAGUGAAAUGAAUCAAACGCUGAUCUAAAGGUAAACAAUGAUAUUGCGAUGUAGCUUAUAAAUGAUUAUCAGCACAUGACUAUAGUAUAGAUUUGUUCUCGUCAUGCUCCGUUUAACUCACUGGAAGAGAUAAAGAUAAAUUAACCAGCCGUGUUGUGUUUAAAUAUCUUGUAUUUAUUCAUGUUUUUUUGUUGUGUUUUUUUUUUUUUAGCUGAAACUUGCACUAUGUGACUGAGAGAGAAAAAAAGAACAGUGUAAAUAAACCUUGAGAGAUUUGUGAAAUUUUGGAAAAUCGAUCUAAGCACAUUUAACGUGGACACAAUGCUAGUCAGGUCUGUCUGCUAAUAAAACGAUCUAGCAACGUUUUCCAAUUUAGCAUCAACAGUUAUGACUAUUUACGUAUAUAAUGAUAGCAGCUAAGCACCAGCUGUUUUGUUCAGCUACUUUUCAGUCGGUUAGCCGUGCUAGCCAGCAAUAUUCAGUGUUUUAUAGAUCUAUUAGCUGGCUAGUCAAUUUAGCUAUCAUAGCCCAUAGGAGUCUUAUUUAAUCGCUAGCUAACGUGAGGUUUAGUUGUUUAAUGAAUACAAAACAUUUUAGACAGAUUUUAGGAGUGAAGGCACUUAAAGUCUUACAGAAACAUUACUUUCCUGUACUGUGCAAAUAGAAGUGGAUUAAAAUGGCGCCUAUGCAAUGUGUUCUACCGGACAUGAGUAAAAACCAAUGAAUCUGAGCCUAUGCAAAAUGCACAUUGUUAAUCAAACUGUAUAAAAUAAAAAUAAAAUAUGUAUCUUUUCCCCAGAUGUGCCUUACGACUGUAACUGUGAUGUAUAAUUUCAAACGAAUAAUAAAUGUAGGAUUACUGUAACAGUGGCCUUUAGUGUUCUUUUGUCUUUAUAAUUCAUCGUGUUUUGUGGCAAACGUGUAAAAAUAUGCACUAAAUCAGCUAGCUGCUAAAUGGCUAGCAUGGUGCAGUCAUCGGGUUUUAAUGUACAGCUGGAGGACUUAAUGUCAUAAAGAAUAGCACCCUAAUUCUCUCGUCUCUACAAACAGCAGUGCAGAAUGAGUGCACUAGAUAUUCUACACUAAACAGCAGCACUACUAAGGGGAGUACAUUACAUUUACAUUUAAUAAUUUAGCAGACGCUUUUAUCCAAAGCGAAUUACAAAUGAGAAAAUACAAGCAAAGAGUAGGGUGAAUAACGUGCACUUGAGUUGUGAAAAGGAAACUGUAUAAGGUACGUGAUAAGUUUCAGGCAAGAUCUCUAUGUCUCAAUUCUGUGUCACGAUGUACCAGAACCAAAUUGUUUUGUGUUUGAGGAAUGUGUUGCUUUGAGCAUUCCUAAUCACCCCCAACGUUCAUCCUCCUCUCCCUCUCUCUCUCUCGGUUCUUCUUCUUCUCUUAUUAUCUUGUAGACUAAACAUCGGUAGUUCUUAUAUCACUUUAACCUACGUAACAGAUGUUUUGAUUUUAUCUGUGACCUGUUCCAUUUGACAUUUAUCAUUCUUUAUCAAUAUUUCUGUGUGCGUGUAUAUACUAUGCCUUCUGUAUCAUUAAAUUAAGAAA